AUGCAAACACAAAACACAAAUUUAGAAGUUUCUGUUAAUGAAAGUUUUGAUUUAUUCAAUGAAGAAGAUACUUAUGAAGAUACUUAUAUUGAAGGUAUUUAUAAAGAAGAUAUUUAUGUUGAAGAUACUUAUAUCGAAGAUACUUAUAUUGAAAAUACUUACAUUGAAGAUACUCAUGUUGAAGAUACCUAUGUUAAAAAUACCUAUGUUGAAGAUACCCAUGUUGAAGAUACCUAUGUUGAAGAUACUUAUGUUGAAGAAUUAAAUAAGUCAAAUAGUGGAGAUAUUCAAACCAUAAAACUAGUAGAUAAAGAAGAAAUUAAUGAAUCAGUUGACAAUAAUCUAUUAGAUAAUGAUAAUGCACUUUAG